AUGCCUUUAUUUGAAGGAGAAGACGCUUACGGUUGGGUUUAUAAAGCAGAGUGGUUCUUUGACAUGCAAGGUUUGAGCACAUCAUCGGAGAAGCUUAGGGCUGUUGUUUUAUGCAUUGAGGGUCCCGUGUUGGCAUGGUACAGGUGGAAUGAACAAAGGUCUCCGUUUCGAAGUAGGGAAGAGUUGAAACAUCGGCUAUUGGAUCGUUUCCAACCGUCCCAAGAGGGAAAUCUUUAUCAACAAUUCUUAGCAAUUAGUCAAGAGGGUACCGCACGGGAGUACGUGGGAUUAUUCGAGCAAUCGGCAGCGCAACUGGGUGAUAUUCCCGAACACAUAUUAGAGGCCACAUUUGUAAAUGGUCUCAAACCCGAACUUAGAAAAUCAGUGCGAACGAUGCAGCCCGUGGGAACGAGUCAGGCAAUCAAAUUAGCAUUACUCAUUGAUGAAAACAGAACAUGUGAUCAAGUGAAGGUGACCAGUCGACCUGCAGCAUACCGGAACAGUUAUGCGCGCCCACUUAACGUAACCAGUAUCCCUGACACCAAAAACACCAUUGGUAAGCUAGCUCCAACACCCUUUAAACGCUUGACUGAGGCUGAAUUGGCUAACAAACGAGCAAAGGGAUUGUGCUUCCGUUGUGACAGCAAGUUCGGACUAGGCCAUAAAUGCUCGAGUAAAACAUUACAGGUCGUGCUGAUUGGUGAAGAUGAGGAUAAGGAGGAACCCGAAGGCGAAGAACAUGCGCAUUUAGAUAUGGUUUCAGUAUCUGCUAGUUCAGUAAUGGGGUUAACCACACCUCACACUAUGAAAUUACGCGGGCACAUUAGUGGGUAG